AUGAAUUCUUGGUCAUCGCAGCUGCGAUCUCCCCUGCGUAAUCCUUCAUCCCCCUUGCGCUCUCCCACACGGAAGAAGAUUAACCCUUUACGAACCAACGAGACUGUGAUCGAGGGAGCUCAGUCCCCCAACCGUAAGAACAAGGUCACUGCUGAUGAUGGUACGGACAAGGGCGUCCUCUCUCCGAGACGAGUGCUGUCCAACAUUUCCAACUCAGCUCAUGCGUCGACCGAGGACGCAGAGCUGAAAGAGGUCCUGAGCGAGAACCGCUCCCCGACCCGGGAGACACGACGAGAGCUCUUCGAAGCUUCAUCGAUGACGUCAUCGGGCAUCGAGCCUUUCUUUCCCUGGUCGCCAGAAGAUACUCCGAGGAAGACCCCGAAGAGGAGAUCCAUCCUCCUCAGCAAGAACAAGGACGUCAUCGACCAGUAUCGUGCCUCUUUCGAUGGGUCCGACUCCCUUCCCCCGGUCCUCAAUGCAAGCAAGGCGAUGGUGGACGCCCUGAUGCAGGAGGGAGAACUGGUAGCCCAGCUCCAACAAGACCUCAAGCAAGAGAAGAUCCUGCGAAGCUCGAUUCAAAGUGAGCUGGAGGGCAUUCUCUCAGCUCUCGUGCAGCUCUCCGAGGACGUGGCAGACCUCGAGUCCAACAUGCCGUCGGCGCGGGAGACGGCGAGUGACAAGAGGACGCUGAACAAGCUGAGAAAGAUGCUCGCUCAGCACGAGCAGCUCUUUCAGCUCCUCUGCUCUCACGUGGAGACGAAACAAGUAUUGGAAUACCUCAACCAGACUGGGCUCAAGGAUUCCAAAGUCUCCCGCCACAGCAUCGACAUCUUGACGACCGUGUCGGAGGACGAGGAGAGCUCAGAAGACAAGGAGCUCGGGCAGAACCUCUUCCUCGUUGUCAAGCUGCGGCAGGUGCAGGCUGCUCUUCCCCAGCUGAUAAUCCAGCUCACCCUGGAGAUGCAGGAGCUUGAUGCUGCUCGGUCGGAGGCUGAGGCUCUUCGACGUACCGCCGACUCGUGCUGGGUGCGCGAGCAAGCGGCAAUGAAGAGGAUCGAGGAGCUGGAGGCAGAGAACAAGGAGCUGAACCAGUUCACGGAGCAGAUGGCUCAGGCCCACACGCGACUCACUGCAGGAGUCCAAGAGCUCCAGGAGAAGCAGAAGAAGAUGGUUCCUCGUGAGCGCCUGGACGAGGUCCUUGAAGAGCUGGAGGAGAUGAAGACGGAGCAGCAGACGAUGGUCCCCCACCUCGACGCGCUGCUGAGGGAGCUGGAGGAGCUCAAGGGCGAGCGAGACAAGAUGCAGCAGAAGAGCGAGCAGGAGCGAGCGCUUGCGCUCUCGGAAGUGAAGGCCCUCAAGGAGGAUGCGGAGGAGAUUCAGGCGGAGCUGCAUCAGCACAUGGUGGCCGUGCAGGAGGAGGGCAGGAAGUUGGAGGAGAAGCCUGAGGAGGGAGGCGGGGAGGAGUCGAAGGAGCAGGCGUUCGACCUGAUCGUGGAGGAGGUGCUGCAGGAGCAGGGCUGCAUUUACGAUGGUAUCCGAGAGAAGCUGGACGCUAUCCUGCAGCGGUACAAGGCGAUUGGAGAAGAGAUGGAGGAGGCGAAGAGGAGGGAGGCAGAGCUGCAGGACAACGUGGGCAAGAGCUCGGAGGUGAAGACCCUGGAGGAUGAGCUCGAGUACCUGCGCGGCCGCAACGAGGAGCUGCAGGCGGAGCUGAGCUCCACCAGCCAAAGGUGUCAGGCGCUGCAGGAGAGCAGCGAGCUCCGGCUGCACGAGCUGAAGAGAGAGGCGUUCAUGCUGAGCAGCCAGAAGAUGGAGGAGAUGGAGAAGUUGCACUCGGAGGCCUACGAUGUGCUUACCAAGAGGAUCGAGUUCCUUCAGGAGGAGCUCGCUGAGAAGGGAGAAGACAUCAACGAAGACUCGCUCCUAUGCGACACCCCACUGGGUGAGGUCUGGUUCUCGCCAAGGAAGAGGAGGAAGGAGGCUCCCCCAUCGCCUCCAUCGGCCAAGAAGCAGCUCUUCGACGAGCAGGAGCAGCUCCUUACGGUCACUCCCUCGCCACAUUCGCAGCUGUUCACGAGCAGGAGACUCUUCCUCCCCAUCUUCAUGGCCGUCCUGGCACUUCUCCUCCUCCCCCUUUUCAGCGGGCCAGAAGCCUCGCAGCUUCACCCGCUCAUCUUGUGA